AUGUCAGUAAUUGAGAAUAACUGUCAACUCUUGGAAAAAGUUAUCCCUGAGAUAUUAUUUACGGUUUCUUCGUAUGGGGUGACAAUUUCUUCACCACGGCUCAUGACAGCACGUUUUGUGGAGUUUGACUUAGCAGGGAAAUGUAAAAGUUGUAAAGGGGAAAAUGUGGACAUUGAUUUUAUUGUUACUCCAAAGGAUGUAACCUUAUAUUGCAAUCGCCUAAAAUCUGAAAAGGUUGUAAUGUUUGACCAUAUUUACGAAAUUCCACAACAAUGUAUUUUUCGCGUUAAAUCAAGAGGGAAGAAUUUCAAUAUUAUUCACAAGGAACCAGACUGGAAUGAAAAAGAUUUUAUAAAAGGAGGUGGGCAAACGAAUAUCAAGGAAUUUUUAUCGAAGUUUUCACACAAGAAAACAAAGGUAGAGAUAGAAGCACAAGAAAAGAAAGAUGAUAAAGAAAAUAUAUUAGAAGAAAAAGAUAAUUCAAAUACAACUCUUAAUCAUUAA